GCUCCACAUCUCCACCGCUUCGAAGACCUGCCAGUCUGGUAUCAAGACAACCCCUCCAUCCACUCUGGCUACCGACCAGUCUCCUACUCCUCACACCACUGCUUCCACUCCUGGACCUUCCUUCACAACGAGACAGUAAACAUCUACACCCACCUCAUACCCGCAAUCUUCUCCAUCUUCGCACAACUCUCUCUCCAAGUCAUGCUCACGCGCCACUUCCCCCAUGCGUCAAUUCAAGACCGGCUAAUAUUCAGCAUCAACCUUUUUGCCGGAACCACAGCCUUGUUGCUCUCUUCCAUGUACCACACAUUAAUGAACCACUCUUUUCACGUCUCAUCUCUCUGGCUUCGGAUCGAUUACGUCGGAAUUCUAACCCUCAUACUGGGGAGUUUCUUCUCGGGAAUUUACGUCGGGUUCUACCACGAGCCGAUGCUGUGCUGGGCAUACUGGUUCAUGAUCAUCAGCCUGUCCCUCACCACCGCAAUUCUCGUCAUCCAUCCCAACCUGCAAGGUCUCUCCUACCGUAGCCUCCGAACAGCAGCAUUCGUUGCAACUGGCCUGUCGGGAUUUGCUCCAGUUUGCCAUGGGCUUUGGCUGUAUGGAUGGGAGGAGAUGUGGGUUAGGUCUGGAAUGCCGUUUUGGUUCGUCGAGGGAAUAAUUUAUGGCGUUGGAGCGUUCUUCUUCGCGACUCGGUUCCCGGAGUCGAGGUGGCCGGGCAAAUUUGAUAUCUUUCUUUCAAGUCACCAGAUAUUUCAUGUCUUGGUGGUGAUGGGGAGUGUGGUGCACUUUGCGGGUGUGUGGGAUGCAUAUCGCUGGCAUUAU